CUCAGGUCUAAGCUGACUCUUGCUUCUGCUGGCAGGAACAUGGGAGAUUUGGAGGAAGAUGUAAAGUUUAUAGUGGAUGAGACCUUGGACUUUGGAGGGCUGUCACCAUCUGACAGUCGUGAAGAGGAAGACAUAGCAGUGUCGGUGACUCCGGAGAAACCCUUCCGACGAGGCCUCUCCCACCGAAGUGACCCAAAUGCAGUGGGCCCUGCCUCCCAGGGUCUGAGGUUCAGCUUAGGCCCCCUCAGCCCAGAGAAGCUGGAGGAGAUCCUUGAUGAAGCCAACCGGCUGGCAGCUCAGCUGGAGCAGUGUGCCUUGCAGGAGCGGGAGAUCACAGGCCAGGGCCUGGGGCCUCGCAGGAUGAAGCCCAGCCCUCGGCGGGAGACCUUUGUGCUGAAGGACAGUCCUGUCCGGGACCUGCUGCCCACUGUGAGCUCUUUGGCUCGGAGCACCCCCUCCCCAAGCAGCCUGCCACCUCGACUCCGGAGCAGUGAUAGGAAGGGGUCAGUCAGGGCUCUUCGAGCAACAUCUGGAAAGAGGCCCUCCAGCGUGAAGAAGGAGUCGCCCACGUGCAAUCUGUUCCCCGCAGCCAAAAGCCCGGCAUCUUCUCCUCUUGCCCGAUCAACUCCUCCAGGCCGGGGAAAAGCUGGGCCCAGUGGGAGAGCAAUAGCAAGCCCGCCUACCCCUGUCAGACCAGUCUUGGCCCCACAGCCUUCUACCAGCAACUCUCAGCGCCUGUCUCGGCCACAGGGAGCAGCUGCUAAACCUUCCAGUCGGCUGCCUGUUCCCUCUGCCAUCCCCAGGCCUGCCAGCCGAAUGCCACUCACCAGCCGGAGUGUACCACCCAGCAAAGGUGCCCUACCUCCAGAUUCUCAGUCAACUCGGAAAGGACUUCCAAGACCCAGUGCUGCAGGGCACAGAGUUCCUGUUUCCCAGCGACCAAAUCUUCCCCUCACUGGUGCCACUCACAGCAAUCUGCAGCCCCCCAAGAAAGUUGCAGACCCAGGACCUACCAGGUAGAGAGAUCAGGACAGCAAGCAAGAAUUCAGUAGCAAACCACUACAGUCACUGCCUGGACUCACCUCUCCUGGGCCUCCCCAGUCCUCCCGUUGGAGGCAGGCCCUGACUUCAGCAGAUUCUGGCCCAGGGGCAGGAGGAAGAGAUGCCACCAGGGCUAGUGCCCAGGAGUAGAGACCGUGGGAGAUGGGAUAGAUCAGGAGUGAGCUGGGGGAAAAUCAAACUCUCUGGAUUGAAAGAAGAUUAGGGAAAAAAGAGGUCGCCUCCCAGUAGUGAAAUUAACAAACAAAAAAUGAGAAAUGCAGGAGAGUGGAUUGUCCUCAUCCACCCCCACUCUUGUGUUCAGCUGCAGAGAGUUUGAUCUUCUUCCCAGGCAUUGGUUCACUGGACGUUUACAUGUGAAUGGUCUCUGUGGCUAACCUCCCUGCUCUCUGAGGAGGGGUCCUCCUGAGUCACAUCCUCUACUGGACUCGGGCCUGUUUGGAGAAGCAGAGGCAGGCAUCUGGUUUCCAGAACUUGUUUCCUGUAAAUUCUGUGACUCCUAACAGGCCAGUUUAUGAUAAGCUUACUCCAUCAGUCUGCAUUUUUCUAAAAUAAAAUGAAUGUAUUUUUAUA